AUGAGGAUUGUGGGAUUGACGGGAGGAAUCGCGUCAGGGAAGAGCACCGUCUCCGACCUAUUUAGAUCCAGCGGCCUUCCCGUCGUCGACGCCGAUGUCAUUGCUCGUGUAUGGUUCCUGCCUCGCUAAUUCUUCUUUUUGUCGCUGAUUGCCUCCGGGAUUGAGUUAGGGUUAGUCACUUCUUGAAAUUUGGAUAAUCGGAUUUCUGCACUUGAUUUGAUUCAGCGGACAUGUUAAUUCCAAUUAGAUCAUCUGGUUAUGAUAUCGAGAACUGAAUAUACAAGGCGGCGAAACUUGAAGCAGAUAUUUCGAAAAAGUUGUGUUUAGCCAGAAAUAAUGAAAUGAACAGAUUAAAAAAAGAUUGAACCGUGCGGUUUGUCUUCCGCCGGGACAGCGAGGUUUAGCCAACAAAAUCAUUUUACUAGAUCGACGGUGAAAUUGAAUGGAAGCUGCGAUAGAAGCAUGAGAAAUCGAAGUAGAAGACUUUAGAUGAGGACCCAUAUAUCUAUAGCACUAUAAUUCUUUAGAUACGUCGAAACAAUAGAAAUUAUGAGAAAGUUUCCAGAAAGCUAAGGGUUAGUAUGUGAUAUUUGCCCGUUGGUGAUUCAAGUUCAGUCAUAGUCCGAAUAUCCAUGUGAACUCUAGUGUGUGGUAGUGGGAGGUGGGAUAGAAGACAAUGGAAGCUGAUCCAAUGAUGAAAUUUUGCUUUAUCUCCUUGGAUUCGUUCCUGGAAAGAGGGUGAGGCUUAUCGGAUCUCGGGACUUCACUCCAAACAUGAAGUAUCCGUCGACAUUCGUUCUAUAUCAUCUUUUCUGUGCGACAUCAUACAUCAUCUUUUCUGUUGCUUUCCAUUGCUUCUCUUUCUCUCCUUCAGCCCUUAUCCUCCGGUAGUUCUUCCUUAAUGGUGGGAGAGAAGGUAAUGGAACCCGGUCCAAGUAAAAAGCCUUGCUUUAAAUCCUUUGAUUCAUUCUGAGAAAAAAGGCAGGUCGCAUCUCAGGACUUCACUCUGUUCACAUACGUCGUGUGUCAUCUUCUCUGUGCGACGUUGUACAUCAUCUUUUCCACCCUUUCUUUCGUUCUCUUUCUCCUUUGAGCACUUUUCUUCUGGUAGUUCUUACUUUCUUGGUGGGACCAUGGUGGACAAAAUAUCCUUUCUGUUCGUUCUCUUUAUCAAUGUGGGAGGGAAUACUUAAAAUCCGUGACAUUAUUGCAUUUUCUGUUUCGAGGGUCAGUAUAUUUUGGUCGUACUCACAGACUGCAUUAUUAUAGGAUGUGCUGAGGAAAGGAACCAGUGGGUGGAAAAAGGUCGUAGCAGCAUUUGGUGAAGAAAUUUUACACGCUAGUGGCGAGGUCGACAGGGCACACCUCGGGCAAAUUGUCUUUUCUGACUCAGAAAAGCGUCAACUUCUAAAUCGGUAUUACCUCUGACCUGUCGCGUUCAAUUUUUUUAGGAAUUAAUUCAGCAUAGUUUAUCCAUUUGUCACAUUAUUUCUUGUAAAUUGGCCCGGCACUCAUGGUGUCAUUUGUAGCCAUUUGUGCCGCUUUCUGUUGUAAGACGGAAGGAUACGAUUAGAGUAGCUACGAUGAUAGUUGACUACUCAAAGCAUGUUAGAUUAUGUAUGGCAAUCUGUUUGUAUUGUUUUAAAAGGGCGGCUAGAAUGUCUACAAUUCUUAAUGGCGUACAUUAUUAUCCUAAUUUCAGUCUGGACUUUCCUUAAAAAUCUUAAAUGGUAGCAGUAGUGGAGUCCCAAAUUUUAUUUCCUCAUAUCAGUGUAUCACUAGAGCCAAUUCCAUCCGGAAAUUUCAAACUGUUUUCACUGCUUUCGUUAUUUGAUUAGUGCAGAUUCUUAUUAUCAACUUUUUCACAUAAGAAUAACAAUGAAUCAAAUUCGAAGAGUGGAGACCCAAAUUUUAUUUCCUUUUCAGUAUCACUAAAGCCAAUUCCAUCUUUGAAUUUCACAACUCUUUCGUUAUUUGAAUGGUAGAGAUUCUUUCUCAUUAACUUCUUCAUUUAAAAAUAUGAAUGAAUCGCCAUUGGCAUGAGGUAUGUCUCUUUUUGUUUGAGACAUUCUGUGUUGUUUAAAAGGGGAAAGCCUUUCUUGAGUGCUUCUAGUCAUGGUUGACAUCCGUUCUAAGUUUCUGAAUUGAAUAAAAUCAAUUUUUUGUUAAGAACCAAAUGGGAUCCUAGCGUCCAUAUGUUCUUUAAGUCUAAAGGAAUCUUCCGUGCUGGAAAGUAUCUCAGAUUCUCAGUAGCUUUUCAUUAGAACCUUUUGCAGCGAGGAUAUACAAUCAUGUUACAGUUCCACUACGUGAUUGAUGCAUGCAUCUUCGAGGAGACAUGUAGGUCCAUGUGUUAGAAAUUAAAAGAGAUACUUGGAUUUUAAAUGAAGAUGAAUAGUAUGAUCUGGGAUAUUAUGCCGCUCUAUACCCAGUUUGCUACAGUAUUUUCUGAUAUUGCGGAUAUCUUUAGUUUUUUAGCUCAUGCUGAGUGUGUUGGCCAUAGAGAUCCGCUCACUGAUCUUACGAUGCUCUUUGAACAGAAACGAAAGCUCUUCUUUCCUUCAUUCUCAUUGAUUUGUAAGCCAUUUUGUUUGUUGUACUCCAAAAUAAACAGAUCAUGCAGAUGAAUUUCCCACGGACCACCCCAUCUGAGAUCGACAUAUUUCCCCUUUUUCUGUCCUCGGAAAUGCUGGAACUGGGUCGAGGGACCAAGGACGGCUGAGAUAACCAGCUGAAAACGAGCUAAAAACUUUCUGAGAAAGGAAAGACCUGGCUGAAGAGCGGUUUCCUGCAUUUUCAUAUUUUCUCAGCACUCUCCCACCCACCCACACCUUACUGAACAAGCUGGCUCCAAAGUCGGGAACUUCGUGUUCAAUCCAAUGAUUACAUUAAGUACUAAAUGCAUCUAUCAACGAACACAACAAAUAGCUCUUAAGUUUUUGUCAUAGAGCUUCUUUCAGCACACACAUGAGGGUCCAAUGGUGUGGAAGUUUUUUUUAUUGUACACAGCAGCUUCCACUGCUUAGAAGUAAUAUGAAAGUAUAGUUUUUGAGGUGUAUAAUUCAUUGUUCAAUGCAAUGGAGUUAAUCCUUUUAUAGGAUGACAAUCUCCUCGAGUUUUCUGCUUAGAACGUUUGACAAAAGUAGUUCACAAUGGCCAAUCCAAUGACUAUUUACGAGCUAGCCAAUAGCAAGUUCGAGUAGUGGGCCAUUUUUUUCUAUUUUAUUUUAUGUAAAAAGCAUUAAAAAAGUAAAAAUCAUUCACCCUGAAUAACUCCACGCGUAAUAUUUUAUUAUUGGUGAACUCUCUUCACUGUUUGUCACUCCUUUGUAGCCUGUUGGCGCCCCACAUAUCCUCCGGGAUAACCUGGGAAGUUGCGAGGCUCUGGCUCAAGGGAUUUGACGUCAUCGUCCUGGACAUCCCGCUGCUAUUUGAAGUCAAAAUGGACCGAUGGACGAAGCCCAUUGUCGUCGUCUGGGUUGACCGCGAAACGCAGCUGAAACGUCUCAUGAAGAGGGACGACACCUCUGAGGAGCAGGCCAGGAACAGAGUCAACGCCCAGGCCCCUCUUGACUGGAAGAGGGAGAAAGCGGACGUGGUGAUCGACAACUCAGGCUCCCUCGAGGACACCAGACUGCGGUUCCAGGAGGUCCUCGCCCUGGUGACCAGACCCUUGACUUGGAAGGAGUUCUUGCGGUCCAGGAAGGGGUUGACUUUGAUUCUGAUCUCAUCCGUCGCUGCCGCCCUUGCCUCUCUCAGGUAA